AUGUUGUUUGAUCAAUUAAGUAAAAGAGGGAAGUCUGUACUUAUCUUUGAUGAUGUAUGGGAACAUUUUGAUCUUGAUGAGGUGGGUAUCCCUGUUGAAGCUGAUGGACUUAAGUUGGUGUUAACAACUCGGUCCUUCGAAGAACUUGGACCUGAAGCUCUUAGUUUGGAAAUUGAAGCCGUUACGAAGCUAAUUGUAGAAGAAUGUGCUGGUCUACCACUAGGAAUCGUCAUGAUGGCAAGAACCAUGAGAGGAGUGAGUGAUCUGUUUGAAUGGAAGGAUAUCUUAGAGAGAUUGAAAGAAUCUAACAUGGGGCAAAUGGGAUUGAUUGGUGGAUUGGAUAAGAGGGAUAAAUGUUAUGAUAGAGGUCUUACCAUUAUGAACAAACUUGAAAAUGUUUUCUUGUUGGAAAAUGAUCGGGGUAUGGUCAAGAUGCAUGAUUUGAUCAGAGAUAUGGCUUUGCAUGUCAUGAGUGCGACUUCCAUGGUUAAAGCAGGCAAGGGUUUGACAAGGAUUCUGAGUGAGGAAUGCUGGAUGGAUGGUGUAGAGAAAGUUUCUUUCAUGGAGAAUUACAUUAGGGUUAUUCCAUCAAACAUGUCACCAAACUAUCCUAAACUGGCGACUUUGCUAUUAAAUGGUAGCUUAUGGGGGAAUGUGCUGAUCCCUAACUCUUUCUUCAAGCGAUUGGAGGGGUUGAAGGUUCUAAACUUGAGUGGAUGUGGGAUCAGAGAGCUUCCCAAUUCCAUCUCAGAUUUGAUAUUUGAAAGAAGUGGAGGCCUUGGAAACGUUGGUAAACUUGAGAUGCCUCGACUUAUCCAAAUCAGGGCAGGAGGGGAAAGCAAUGAGGAUUCUAUGUUGAUUGCGCAAGACGUGCAGAGAUUGGUGGGAAAAAAAUGUGGAGGCAUGACAAAUUUGUCCAACAUCGGCCCGCUUGAAAGCCUCAAGGUGCUAAUAAUGGAAGAAUGGGAAAACUUACAGACGCUUUGCGGAGGAGUAGAUGAAGUAAUCGACAAUCAUGACUUCCCUCUCCUAUUCCCUAGUCUUAAGAUGCUGACUGUCGAGAGAUGUCCCAAACUGAAGUUUCGCUUUGGGAAUCGUUCUAAAGUUACGCUUUCGCAUCUACAGCAGAUUGUGAUAAAAAACUGUGAGGAAUUACAAGGGAUAACUGCAGCAGGAGCAAUAUUUGCGACGCCACUCCCUGCCUUCCCCAACCUAGAAAAGAUUGUGAUAGAGCACUGUGCCAACAUGAAGAGCGUGGUGGAAUUUGAGUUGCUGCCUCACCUUCCUAACCUAGACAGGUUACAGUACAGCAUUUGUGAGAAAAUGGAGGAGAUACUAGGAAGGGCUCCCCAAACUAUGCCAUCCGGUGCCCUUUCUCUUCUUACAUUUGUUUGGAUAGAGUGA